UUUCGAAUCAAAAGAAUAAGUUCGUGGGUAUAGCCGCUCGCGGACGGCGGUUGAGAAGGGAGGAGAAAAUCGUCGACCGCCGGGAUUGUGCAAUUUUUUUCUGGUUUGGUUUGGACUUCGCAGCCACCUGGUGAAGCCGUCGCCAUUGAGUUGCAGAGACGCGACGAAGAAGAGCUCUAUGGGUAUGCCGGCUAUCCCCUCUUAGCUUUUGCCCAUAACGCGCCGCCAAUUUAGUAUUCGAUGCUUGCGAAAAGAAGAGACUGAGAGAGAGCGAGAGAGAGAGAGAGAGAGAGAGAGAGAGAGUGCAUGAAAGCCACUGAACAAGAGGAGAUAAGGAGAUGCUUCAAUGGAGAGAACAUCUGCAGCUUGUGCCAUGGAAUGGAGCAUUGAUCUUGAGAAGGGUCUUCGAUCAAAGAAACCUGGUCAAUCUUUUGAAGCCAUACUACGGAUUGGACCAAGACUUGAGCUGUGGGACAGAGAGCCUGCAAUUAAUGUGGCGCAGUAUAACAUGUUUGGGUUAAUCCCAGGAGAGGAUAAGCUAUUUGCAAAUGCAAUCCUCCUUCGUCUUAUGGAUGCUUUUAGCUUGGGCGACACACAAACCAAGCUUUGUAUUGUAAAGCUUUUUUUAUCUCAGCUGAGGAACCAUAAAAGGAGAAGUGGGCAACAUAAUGGAAUCCUGUUCAAAUGUAGCUUAGAAAACCGGAAAGAGUUGCUUAGGCGAGUAAAAGUUGCAUUUGACAUGGGAGAUGUUGAAUCAAGAGCACUUGCUUUAGUUAUAUUUGGUUGCCUGGCUGAUGUUGCAAAGGACAGUGCUGAUGUCCGUUACCUUGUACUUUCUAGUUUAGUCUCACAUGAACUUUUGCAGGUAGAGGCAUCCUUAUUUGCUGGGGGAUGCUUUGCUGAAUUGUCUGAAGAUUUUGGCUCCAUACUUUUGGAGAUAUUGAUUAAUCUGGUGACAUCAUCUGAAACAUCAUCACCUGUAAGAUUAGCAGGAGUGCGAACUCUUGCAAAACUGGGGUGCUCAUCUUCACAUGCAUGUAAAGCUUACAAGGAAGGUCAAAAGCUGGUUUUAUGUUCUUCAGAAGAAGAUUUCUUGGUUGCAAUGCUAAUUUCACUUUCAAAACUUGCUUCCAGAGCUGCAUGCCUGAUUCCUGUACAGGUGGAUUUACUCUUCUCUUUUCUAACCCAAGAGAAACCUUUGCGUUUGCGAGCUACGGCGUUAAAAUGUCUGCAUUGUAUCACUGUAAGAGGAAUGUACCAUUUUCCUGCUAAUGCUGUUUUAAUCAGCACAUUGGCAUGCAUCCUAGAUGAACACGAACUUCCACCAGUCUUGCAAUGUGAAGCUCUCCAAGUUCUGCACAAGGUCCUCUUAUAUAACCUAGCUACUAUGUCUUAUGUGGACAUGCUUGAGUUUUCCCAGCUUUUAAAUGUUCUUGAAAAUGCUACUCAAUCUCCUAUCAUGGAAAGGAGACUAACAGCCAUCAGUAUUAUAGUUGAUGUAUUGGGUAAGCUCAUGCGAAAGAAAGAGAAGGCUUUAGAAGAAAGUGAUUCUGUUGCUAUACCAUCCAGGAUAUUGUCAUUAAUUACAAAUCAGAUCAACUUGCUGGUUAAGCCUGUACCAAGUCUUCACGAACUUGGUUCAAAAAUAAGACAAGAUGUUAAAAGCUUGUUCCAUGUUCUUCUUGUUCUGGUUGAAAAUUAUCCAGAUCUGAGUGAUAUGGUGGUGGAUAACAUUUGUUCACUUGUGGAAAACAUGAUGAAUGAGCGUGAAGAGUUUUUGGGCAGAGUGGAACCUGACCUACCAGAUCAAGAGAUCAUAAAUUUGGGAGGAGAAAGUAGCAAGUUUAUGACAUCAAAGCUCUUGCUUUAUGUGCCCAGUGUUUUGAUUGCUUGCUUUGAACAUUUUAAUGAAGCCAGUGCAACUACUGCUACUCCAGCCCUUAAUAGAGUGGAGCUUCUCACCAAACAUGUACAAGAAUGCAGCUUAUUCGAUUGCUUUACCCGCACGGUCUGUGCUUCUUUGUUGCAUUCCCACAUCACCUACCCUUGCAUUUUGAAUGAAGCAGAGAAAAAUGAUAAUCUUGAUGGAAACAUGUCCAUUUCUUUUCAGCAAUACUUUGUUCAUAAUGAAAUUCUUGCCCUUGACUGUGCAAAGAAUAUGUUAGCAAGAAAGGAUAACUGGUCUGCUUACAAGCUUGGGAAAUUUGCAGCAUGUCAGGGAGCAUGGUUCAGUGCCGCUUUUAUUUUUGAGCAUCUCUCAGCAAUUGUUCAAUCUGAUACCUGUUGUUGGUGGUUAAAAUCUCUGAUUGAGUUUGCUCAUGCUGAAUGGAAAGUUGAAUCGGUCAAUUUACCAGACCAAGGUUUUAGUUUAGCAAAUCAGUUAGAGAUUGAAAAAUCAGCUGUCAUGUCUUUCAGCAACAAGUUGGACGCAACAGACCAAGGCAUGUAUUGCAAACAGGGGUUACCUAACAACAUUGAAAAUCUUGUGGAGGCUUCUAAGGUUCUUCGUUCUCUAGAGGAAACAAUGGGAGCCAUGGUGAUACCAGGUCAUGCUUUUUGUUUCCAGAGAUUGUUUUUGGCUCUUAGAGCAAAUGUUCUGCAAUCUGUGGCUGAUACCCUAAAGCUCUACCAUGUUCCAUUCACACAGGAUAAUGGUAUCACAGUUGAUACACCAAGUUUUUUGCAAUGGGUAACUUCCAUGGCAUGCUCUCUCAAUCAAAUAGCUUCCCAGUUUAAUAGGCUAGCACGUGAAUUUGAUCUAAUUGCCACAUCUUUCUUGGGCAUGGACAACCAAAGUUUGGAAACCAUUUCAGUACAUGCACUUAGUUGUUCAUUAUUAGCCUUCAUUUCUGGAUUUUCCCUUUUCUUUCCAAGAUUACAUAGUGACCAUAUAUUGGAAUUGUCAGAGGAACGUUUAUUUGGUAUACUUAUACAGGAUCUGGUCUGGCGGCUGCAACAAACAGACUGUGAAACCAGCAGAAAACUUGGGUUACUUUGGAACAUUCGUAGAUGGCCCAAGAGCUCUAUUUUACCACCCCGAAGUCAAAUAUUGAAGAUUAGUUAUGUAGCAAGAGGCCUUCUUACAGCUUGUAGUUAUGCUGUCACAGGGGUGGUUGCUUUGCAAAAUGAGGCAAAUAAAGGGAAGAAUGAUGAAAUUCUAUACCAAGUUGCUAAGGAUGGCUUGCAACUUCUGUUGAACAUAAUUAUAAAAUGGAUGCUCAUCCCUUUCCAGACUCCCCGUCAGUUCUUCCGAGUAAGGCCUUGCAUUUUAUCUGAACUAUUUGCUUUAAACAGUGACAGUAAAAGUUCAGCUGAGAUAACAGUCUUGCCAGGCUCUCAUCUGUCCCUAAGCCUUUGUCUUCAAUUGAAAAAUGUACCGGUAGAUCUCCGAGUUACUUGGACCAAGCUGUAUUGCAUCCUUUGUUGUAGAACAUCUUUCCAGGUACCCCCUCCGGGAACAACUAAUGGGCAAAUUCAGUUGGGUAGUCGUGAUCAAGAGCCUGAUGACAUGGUUUAUUUAAACGAUAAGUUAUUGCAGUAUGUAAAAGGGUGCGCAAAAAAUGCCAACAGCAUGCAGUAUAGACGUAAUGCUGGUGAUCGUGAAGGUGUUGAGGCGUGUGUGUACUUCGAACCUAAUGAGAGAGGGCAAGGAUUCUCUACUUGCUUGCUUGAUGUUUCUGGUUUUCCUCCGGGUUCUUACAGAAUCAAAUGGCAGACCUGUUGUGUCGACAGCGAAGGCUCAUAUUGGACCCUUCUUCCUUCUAAUGACGGCCCUGUCUUCCACGUACAGAAAUGUGACUAAAGAUUGGCAACAUCAAGGCUUCCCUUCGUUCUCAACUUGAAACAACUCAGAAACAUCGCUUGCUGAACCAUAUGAGACUGUUCUCAUUCAAAUUCGAGGAGAUUGUUCGGAAAGGGGGAUGGCAGCACCAAACGGGCCUUCGAGCAGAGGCCAUGCAGGACUCGAGCUCCACAUCAAAUUCCCGAUGCUGUCCAAAAGUCGGGAAUCAGAGAAAAUCAAAUUAUGAACAAAUGGUCAUACAUGUACGAUAUUCACGAAACAUCUCAGGCCAUGAAAGAUAUAGGAUGUGUAAGGAAGGUAAUAUGGGCAUGUGUUCUGUUCAGCUUAAAAGGAGUUAUAAAGCGUGAAUUCAAGUGUGCAGUCAAUAGAUUAGUUUGGAAAUAUGGAAAUUACUUAUAUAUUGAACAUGGUUUGGGAUUUCUAUGUAAACAUUUUGGCGUUAAACUAUG